CGAAAUCACGCACUACAUGACUAAAGCUCUACUUUUACGUGGACGGGACACCAACAACACAUCAGAUAUCACCAUGGUCAUCCAAGAGCUGACACCGAUGAUAGAGAUUCUCUCAAGUAUGCACCACGGUCCAGAAACGUUUCGUAUACUUGCUUUAGGUCAUCAGAUCAGAUUUCGCCAGACUCGAGAUCCGGAUGAGGCCAUUCGCGCCCUGGAGGUCAUGCAUGCCAUGCUGGCCCUAGCACCACCUGGACGCCGUUACCGGCACCAGUGUCUCAUCAGUUCCGCAGAAUUAUACCUCGAACACGGUACUUCGUAUCGGGACCUUGCUCUCGCCUUGACGCGCCUUCAGGAUGCCCUGUCAGAUAAUCAUAGAGACGUUCGUUCGCGUAUCCAGGGCACAUACAGGAGCAGCUCCUCGACGUAUACAACUCUAUCGUCAGCCUGCUGCCUCGUGUGGCCUUCUUUGGACUUCAUCUGCGAACCCGGCUCACGUCCCUACGUGUCGGUCAAGCCGUGGCUCUUACGGGUGCAUCCCACGCACUCAACCUGUCCUUUCCGGAGAAAUCCGUCUCCGCUCGCCAUUUGACUCUGUUCCGAGCGAACUCCGCGAUCGACUGCUGUUUCUCGCCAGAAAACUAGAACAGACGUCACCUUCUGGACAGGAUUCUCGAGAAAUGGAAUCAGAGGCUGCACGAAGGAGACAGCAGAGCGAGGACUUCAACGCUUUGCUGGAGGAGGUCCGAAUGCUGCCUGGCUUUGACCGUUUUCUUCUGCCAGAUCAAUGCUCCACGCUCAUGAAAGCCGCGGAAAAUGGUCCGGUGGUGGUGCUUCUAUCGAGCAGAUUGGCGAGGAGUGGCUGGUGGCAUCGUGCACGUCAUGGCGGUCAGCGGCGACAGAGGCUAGAUCGAAAUUGAAGGAGCGUGAAAUUUUGCGUCGCUUGUGGGUUCAUGUUGUGCUCCCAAUAUACGGCAAUCACAAGGCGAGCACAGGCCAUAACCGCCCUCGUCUAUGGUGGUGUCCCACUGGACAGUUUGCGCAUCUCCCGAUCCAUGCCGCAGGCGCCGGCGGGGUAUGGUGCUCCGACUACGUCGUAUCUUCGUAUACUCCGACGCUUAGCUCUCUCAUCGGAGCCCGAGCAUCAUCUGCCCCAUU